AAAGUUUUUGAGUUAAAUGAUGACUUUUCCAUUAUAAAACCCAACAAAGGCAAAGCCAAAGCCUAUCCUCACAAACUCCAAUUGUGAAAGAAAAAUGGAAGGUAAGGAAGAAGAUGUUAAGCUAGGAGCCAACAAGUUCUCAGAGAGGCAACCCAUCGGGACCUCGGCUCAAACAGACAAAGACUACAAGGAGCCACCACCCGCACCCCUCUUCGAGCCAGGUGAGCUCUCCUCAUGGUCUUUUUACCGAGCCGGGAUUGCAGAGUUCAUAGCCACUUUCUUGUUCUUGUACAUCUCUGUCUUGACCGUCAUGGGUGUCGUCAAAUCUCCUACAAAGUGUGGUACUGUUGGUAUUCAAGGGAUUGCUUGGGCUUUUGGUGGUAUGAUCUUUGCUCUUGUCUACUGCACUGCUGGUAUCUCAGGAGGACACAUCAACCCAGCUGUGACGUUUGGUUUGUUGCUAGCUAGGAAACUGUCUUUAACGAGGGCAGUGUUCUACAUGGUGAUGCAGUGUCUUGGAGCCAUCUGUGGUGCAGGUGUGGUCAAAGGGUUCCAGGGUAAACACGAGUACACCACUUUGGGUGGUGGAGCCAAUGUUGUAGCCCAUGGUUACACCAAGGGUGAUGGUCUUGGUGCUGAGAUUGUUGGCACCUUUGUUCUUGUCUACACUGUUUUCUCUGCCACUGAUGCCAAAAGAAGUGCAAGAGACUCGCAUGUCCCUAUUUUGGCUCCUUUGCCAAUUGGGUUCGCGGUUUUCUUGGUCCACUUGGCCACUAUCCCGAUCACCGGAACUGGUAUCAACCCCGCGAGAAGUCUUGGAGCUGCAAUCAUCUACAACAAGGACCACGCUUGGGAUGACCAUUGGAUUUUCUGGGUUGGACCGUUCGUUGGAGCUGCACUUGCUGCUUUGUAUCACCAGAUUGUCAUCAGGGCCAUUCCUUUCAAGAGCAGAUCUUAAGCAUAAACUUGUCUACUUGUUUGAUUGGUUGUGCUGUUGUUGUUCUCUAGCCAAAUGUGGAUUUAGUGUUUCUUUAUAGCCAGCCUUAUGUUGAUUGAUGAAUGUGUGUAAAUUACCUGUCUGUCUACCCUUGAGUUGGUGUUGGAUUGAUGCUAAGUUAUAAUUAUGGACAAUGUUUGAGAAUGUUUUUUUUUAUUUUUUUUAUUUAAGUUC